UAUUCACUCGUUCAAAAGGACCCUAUGGCAAAAGGAGUUUUAGUUUUAGGAGUCGGAAAGGGUUGUAAACAGCUAGCUGGUUUUCUUGAAGGCAAUAAAGAAUAUAUCGUCACCAGUCAAUUUGGACAGGCUACCGAUACAUACGACACUGAAGGGAAAAUAACAAAUAUAGGCAAAACCGACCAUUUGACUUGUGGUCUAUUGGAGCAAACCUUACCAUUGUUUCGUGGCCAUGUUACUCAAGUACCGCCCAUAUAUUCUGCAUUGAAAAUACAAGGCAAGAAACUGUACGACUAUGCAAGACAAAAUAUAGAAUUACCAGAGCCUAUCAAACCAAGACAGGUGUAUAUAGAUCAAUUGGAAUUACUUGAUUAUAACAAUGUCAGCAAGACAUGUGUGUUGCGUGUUGUAUGUGGAGGAGGGACUUAUAUGCGCAGUCUUGUUCAUGAUUUGGCCAUCGCUAUGGGAACACAGGCACAUAUGACUGAGCUUGAGAGAACACAUCAGGGACAAUUUAGUCUUCAGGAUGCUAUAGCACUCGAUAGUUCUUUUCAACUCAAGUCAUGUAUAGAUAGACUACGCCAACAAUAA